AUGCGCAGCUCCUUAAGGCUUCGGGAAGCCCAGACAGAGCUCAUGAUGAAGAAGCAGGGUCAAGCCUUGCUGUCCAAGAGCUUCCAGAAGUGGAAAGACUUCUCUAGGAAAAGGAGAAUGAGGAAGCUGCCGACUCAGUCCAGGGCAGAGACUUCUGAGGAAGACUCCCUACCUUUCCAGAAAGGCCAACAGGAAAAAUCCUUUGUAAGUCUAGGAGUGGUCUAUGAAAUGGAGGGAACACCAGAGAUUAAACUCUACCCCAGAUGGAAAUCAGGCAGUGGGGACAGGAGGGUUCCGACCACUGAAGACUUACGCCGGCUGGCUGUCUUCCACCUGUGGCACCUGCGGAAAGCGCUGGCAGCACAGAUACACAAGGAGGCCUGGGCUGAGGCUGAGCUGGGAAGGAAGAAGCUUCGGAGGGCCUUCCAGGUCUGGCGAGCCAGGACCAUGAACAUUGCGCGGAUAUCCCCUCUGGUGACCCGGCACCAAAGAGCCCAGCUCCAUCGGAAGCUGCGGCUUCUCCGGAGCACCCUGCGUCAGUGGCGGCAGAAGGUCCAGGUGGCAGCAGAGUCACCCCAUGGCAGCUGCUCCGGCUGCCCCCAAGAGCUCCUCGUUGGCUUCCAGGAUUCAGAGGAAUCGUCCUCUGGAUUUCUCGGCAGUGUUUUGGCCCCGCUGGGUUCCAGCACCCCCAGAGGCUCAUCAGAGGGGGCCCGUAGCCCGACGGAUAACAGCAGCUCUUUUCAGAGCCUAGCAGGGGAUGACUCCCCGUGGGUGCUGGCCCUGGACUUGAGGCCACCCCCUUUGGAGGCCUCCAAGUCCUGGAGGAUAUCCAUCCCCUUUGGGGAGAAGCAUCCUGGACCCAGGAAACAGUCGCUGGCUUGUGCUUCUCUGGGAGAAGAGACUUGUCCCCAGAGAAAAGCUGUUCAGGUUCCCAGAGUCCCCCGCCACCUGGAUACCCUCUGGCAAGAGGAGAGGUACCAGGAGGGGUCUCAACAGGCCCUAGAAGCCAGGCAACAUCGCCAGAUCACCCACCAAACCCGUAUGAUCCACAGUUGUAACCAAGAGGCAGCAGCCCAAAGGGCUUGGCAGGAGCUGAGCUGCCAAAAGCCAGUCUGGGGAGUGGACCAAGAAGCUCUUCACCAUUGGCAGACUUCAUGGCACAGACAACAGGCCCUAAAGGAGCUGUGUCACCAAUGGAGUCAACAUAGGGCCUCCAUCCACAAGAAGAGAGCAUUUGGAAAAUGGCAGCAUAAGGCAUCAAUGCAGAGAAAUCCUGCCUCCUGCCAGGAGCCGACCAGCUUGCAGAUGUCUCCCUGGGCCCAUUGGAGCAUGGCACUGACCAGAGGGAUGCCGAGCCAUCAGUUGGCUGAGGAGGAUAGCACCUGUGCAGGCCCCAGGCCCAGGAUUUAUGCCAUGCACUCUUGGAGACUGGCCAUCAGAAGGCACGGCACACUUCGUGCAGAUCCCAACACGCUUAUGAAGAAGGCCAGCAACUACUGGACAAGAGCCAUAACCCUAGCUCAGGCAAAACAGAAACACUGCAGCCACAUUGGACAGAGGAAGCUGAGGAAGAUGUCAGUGUCUCUGGGUGCCCCAAAGCAGGGCUUCCUACUAGCUUCUUCCCCAAGCUGUGUUCUCCACUGUAGUUCCUUCCAACUUUGGCUUCAACUUUACCGUAAACAAGGCAAGGCCAAGGCCAAGGGACUGACCAGCCAGGAGGAGCUUAGGAAGGCUACCAGACAAGGAGGAGGCAGCUCCAGGACAAUCCUGAUCCCCAAGAGCAAAGACCACUGGAAAGCAGCAAUGUUGAAGGGAACAUGGCUAGAGAGGAAAUACCUACAGAGGUGGAGACAUGAGGUAAUGCUUCGGAGGUUUCACAACCAACAAAGAACGAGGAGAUUAGCAGAAGUUUGGCAAUGCUGGAUAGAUGCCCAGAGAGCAGAGCAACUGGCACAGACACUGGUCAGGCAGCGGUGGCUGGAAUGGGGCUGGGAGAUGUGGCGGAGGCGGUGGUUGCAGCUUCAGGUGGGCCUGCAUUUGCAAGACUCCCGCAUUGGCAUCCUCUCUCAGGCCUUUGGAAGAUGGCACCAGAGCUGGGCAGCCCGGGUGCCCAGGAGAGGAAGUACCAGCCAGUUACCAGGGGUUGAGGGGCAGGCCCUUCCUGCUCUGUUGGCGAUGCCUCCCUCAGGGGAAGAAGUCCAGCUGUGCCCCAUCCCAUCCCACUCACAAGAGCUAGCUGGAGAAAAGCCCAGCAAACAUGUCUGGUAAUGUUUUAAUGGAAAGUAGCUGUUAGGGCAGAGACAAUAAAAUAUUAUUCCUUUC